UGAUAGAUGAAUUAAGCCAGUUAUCUGUGGCUCUCAAGAUCUCUUCAUCGUAUCCCAUUGUUUCACUAGCAAUAAAAUGUUACUGAAACAACAACAAUAAAAAGAAACCCUGCCUAUUUUCCCAUACUAGUUAAUGUGAAAAGAAAACACCUGCCCAUUGCAGUCCCACAAAAAAUGGUUUUAAUAUAGGGUCACAGAAAAUUCAAAGGUUUUAUAGCCCACUAUAAAACAGCUCUUUGUCUUUCCCCACUAAUUCCCUAGUGUCACUUUUAACAAAACAAGGAAACUGCUGAUAAUAGAGGUGUUUGCAGAUUAGCCUUCCAAGCCAUAAAUAACAUAGGGUUUUGCUCACCUACAAAUAUUAAGGCAGCUUAUCAAUGUUUAAGCCCCUUCCUCUUUGUAAUGGUUGCUAACAUUUUAACCCAGGCAAAUUGAGAAUUUUUUUCUUUCCUGUCUACUUACAUUGACAGAGUACACAUUCAUAAGAUUCUAUUAUCAGAGUUCACGGUAUAAAGAGUGAAACAUCACCUAAAGCUUCACCUCCCACCUGAGAGGCCCUGUUUUGGAAGAUGUAUCUGCUUUAUACUUUCCUUGUUUUGCUCUCUCUUAGCUAUGGUUUUGAUCCUAACUGUCCUGGAAGAUGCAGCUGUGAUUCAGAGCAGUCUGUGCAAUGCUACAGGCUAUUGGAGGUACCAUCGGGUAUUCCUUCCACCACCAAGAAGCUCUACAUCAGCCACAGCAAAAUUCAACACCUUCAGCUAUCUAACUUCAUCCAAAUGCUGGCUCUAGAAGAUUUUAUUUUGCUGGCCAGUGGAACAGAGUCAGUAGAAAAUGACACUUUCAAAACUCUGAGUACUUUAAAGACCUUGGAACUCUGGAAAAAUAAGUUAAGACGAAUCCCCAGUGCACUCCCGGCCAGUCUUGAAGUGUUAAAACUCAAUGAUAAUUCAAUAUCUGUCCUUCACAGAUCUGAUUUUGAAGGACUGAAGAAAUUAACAAUCCUUGAACUUAAAAACAAUCUGAUCUCUUCCCUCUCUCCCAGCACACUCUCCUCUCUGGUCAGUUUGCAAAGCUUGGUGUUAGAUGGUAACAGUAUUGAGACUGUAGAGGGACCACUGGCACUUUCCCACCUGACACACAUGAGCAUGGAGAACAAUAAGCUACAUCUCCUGCCCGCUGGCUUCUUCACUUCUCUUCAGUCUUUGCAAUUCCUCAGUCUCAGUAGUAACUUUCUGACUCAAAUUCCUAUUAAUCUGCCCAAAUCCUUGCUCUCUUUAAAAAUGGAGAGAAACCGGCUAAAAGUGGUAAGUUUCGAAGAUCUGAAACACUUGGAGAAUCUUUCCCAUCUUUACCUGUCAGAAAACUCACUCUCUUCCUUUGAUGGGGCACAGCUCCUUGCCAAUUUAACUACUCUGGAGUUGUCCCAAAACCAGCUGCAAAUGCUGCCCCUCAGACUACCAGCAAGGCUACAAAAACUUGAUAUCAGCAAUAACCUGAUUCAGAAAGUUACAGCGCAAGAUUUCCAGGACCUCCGAGAUCUAAAACAUUUGUUUCUGGACAACAACAUUGUCAGCCUGUUUGAAGCUGGAGCCCUGCAGAGGUGUUCCCAGCUCUCCAACCUCGCCUUGGAGCAGAACCUGCUCUUGUCUAUCCCACUAAGGCUCCCAGGAACUUUAGCCAGGCUGGACCUAAAAGGUAAUGCCAUCCAGGAUAUUGCUGAGAGGGAGCUCAAGGAUCUGAAGCAGCUUCAGGUUCUAAACCUGAGGAACAACAAGAUCUCUGCCUUGGAUCUCAAGGCCUUGGAGGUGCUGCCUCGCCUCAGGUACCUGUAUCUGGAUGGAAAUCCAUGGAAUUGCACCUGCAGUCUCCUAAGAGCCAGGGAGGUCCUGAAGGCCAAGGGCACAGAUGUGAGGGGAGGACGGUGUGCAGCACCAGCUGAACGACAAGGGGAGAACUGGAUGUCCUCCAAGAAGAUCAUGAGGCAAUGUGAGCAUCACUUACAUCUGACUGAGAAAAACAAGGAGACCAAAAAGAAGCCCAAGCCUGAAGAGCACUCCAGCAUCAGAAUCAACAUGGAUGAUGAUUAUUAUGAUUAUGAGAUAGAUUAAGGAUGAGCUUUGUCUAUAGUUUAGAAGUCCUUGCCUUUUUUUUUUUUUUAAAUUAGAUUUCAUUUUUAGAGCAGUUUUAGGUUCAUAGCAGAAUUGAGAGGAAGGUAGAGAAAUUUUCCUAUAUACCCCCACCCCCACAUAAACAUAGCCUCCCCCAUUACAACAUCUCCCACCUGAGUGGAAUGUUAUUACAAUUGAUGGACCUAUAUUCACACAUCAUAAUCACUUAAACUUCAUAGUUUACACUAAGGUUCACUCUUGGUGUUGUAUGUACUAUAGAUUUGGACAAAUGUAUAAGGACAUAUAUUCACCAUUACAGUAUCACAUGGAGUUGUUUCAUUGCCCUGAAAAACCUCUUGCUCCAGAAAAACAAAACCAAACCAAACCAUUUUUAAUGUUCAAUCUUGUAAGCAGAAAUAUAUACUACAUUUAGAUAUGCAAGACUCUUUUUAUAAGUUUUUCUUUUUUAAAAAAAUGAGAUGAGGAUUAAGAUAAGUUGAGGGGAGGGGAGAAAAAUAGAAAAGAACAAUGGUCAGAAGAUGUAAGAUUCCUUCCAUGUUAAAAGUAAUUUUUUUGUAUAUUAUUCUGAAACCUAGACAAAUAGUGAUGCACAAUAAAAUCUCCAUCUGAUUAACUUCCUGCAAAUGGAGUAGAUCAUUUUUUUUCUUUUUGUCUUUUUAGGGCUGCACCCACAGC